CACACCUGUGCUCAGAAGUGCCACCUACCUGUGCCCAGCAGUGCCACCCACCUGUGCCCACCCACAUGUGCCCAUCAGUGCCACCCACCUGUGCCCACCAGUGCCACCCACCAGUGCCCAUCAGUGCAGCCCAGCAGUGCUGCCAUUCAGUGCCACCAGUCAGUGCCCAGCGGUUUUGCCAGUCAGUGCCCAGCAGUUGUGCCAGUCAAUACCUAGCAGUGCCGCCAUCAGUGCCACCUAUCAGUGCUGUCUAUCAGGGCCACCUAUCAGUGCCGCCUAUCUGUGACACCUCAUUAGUGCUGCCUAUCAGUGCUGCUUAUCAGUGCCCAUCAGUGCCGCCUAUUAGUGCCCAUCAGUGCUGCCUCAUCAACGCACAUCAGUGA